GAAGCCGCUCGAACGCUCGCGGGCCGGAAAGACCGGGCAACCUUCGUGCCUGACGCCGCCCGCGCCAUAUUGACUGAGGGCAGUUGUCCCGCUAUUUCCGUUCCUCCUCUGCGAGGGGCGGCUAUCAUCUGAGACGCUGAGGUUUAACUCUUGCCGGGCUGUUCCCAGAGAAGCUCUGAUUUGAAUAAAAGCAAGGACAUGUGGAUUGACUGAAAAAGGGCACACCAUGCCCUGCACAGAAGGGGAGGGGUCCCAGACAGGGUUUCUCUGUAUAACAGUUCUUGGCUAUUCUGGAACUCCUUUGUAGACCGGGCUGGCCUUGAACUCACAGAGUUUCACCUGCCUCUGCCUCUAGAGUGCAGAUUAAAGGCCUGAGCCACCACUGUCCAGCAUGAUUUUUUAAACUUAAGAUACACAUAUCUACUUUCAUAGCCUUGCUUCUGAUGUCUUAUUGGGAGCCUGCAGUUUCAAGUACUUGUUUGUAGACAGCAUAUUUUGAGAGGGACAGAUUUCUACUAAAUAAAAAGCAAGGUUGUAAUUGAUUACAAACUCUUCUUUUCACGUUGUAUUUCUAAGAGCUAGAAAUAUCUCAAUGGACUACAGGAUAAUUUUGUUGGGUGAAUAAUUUCCACACAUAAAAUGUCAUGAAUUGAGUAUGAUUUUAAUUAAUUUGUAUUUUAACACUGAGUUAUUUUCUGCUUCUUUGUCUUUAAAUGCUGGUCAGUUAUAAGUUAAAUACUGUGACUAAAGAUACAGUAAAACCUCUAUCUAAGCAGUAUUUAGCUGAGUGAUAUACCAGCUAAUAUAUGACACCAUAUGACUGGACCAUCAGCAUAUACAUCUAGCCUCCAACAACACAGAUAUGUAUGAUCACCAAGUAUUUCUAUUGGUUCCAUUCACAUGGAGUUUGUCCAGUUUAUGUUCUAAAGCACAAAAAUUGAAAAGAUACCCUUGGUGCUAUUAGAAACUGUUUUUGACUACAUAUACUGUAGUUGAAUUCCUAUGUCUUAAGAAAUGGUUCCUUCUAGUUGCUGACAGCUCACACAAAGGGAAGUCCAUUUCCUGCCAACAGACUAUAUCGUCAUAUACCACCUCAUAGUAGGCUCCUUCUGUGAUAGUGAUGACACACAGAAAGUGGUGACUGCUUUGCGUUGCCUUAGAAAUCAACCUCAAGGAUCAACAGUAGGUAGUUGAAAAUCUGAAUUGAGGGCAGAAAUUCCGUGGUUAGAAACCAGUUCUUUGCAGAAUAGAGAAUGAAAAAUCAGAGCUCAGGGCAGAAGGGGCUGGGAGGAAGAAUGAAGAGCAAAGAUACUGUUCAUGGAGCUGGCAAAUAGCAGGACGAUGGCUGAAGGCAAGAACACCGUGGAGAAAGAGCAUCAGAGUGCAGAGCUAGCACAAGUGAACACAGAGCCUUUGAGGAGACCAUGCAUUGCAAGACUACCACCGCAGAAUGGACCGCCAAGAGCUGUCAUCUCACAGCCGCCCAUGGUAGCAGACUCAGAGUGGUUUGGUCUGAGUGCAGAGGAACAAUUGGCCUGGGCUAAGUGUUCUGAAGACCCUCGGAUUGCAGUAGGUUCCUAUUCCCCACUAGAAAAGAAAAUAAAGCGUUUAGGUGGCACCCAUUCUUCACGAUCGAGAAAACUGUUAGUCCAGGAGUUACAACAGGAGAGCAAAACAGUUGAUAAACUUAAGACCAUGUCUUUUGACUUGCGGUUUGCUAAAGCAGAUUCCUACUACUAUCAACAACAUCAAGAAAUGAUCAAAGAAGCAUGGAAUUAUACACCAGAUUCAGAAUGGAACAUUAACCCAGAGGAAGAGAAGAAGUCAAGAAGAAAAACACCAGACAAUGAAAAAAAAUGGGACUAUCUAGUAUCUGAGAGAGAAAUAAAUCACAUAGAAAAGCACAUACUCAGAGCUGAGCGGGCUAGAGGCCUCAGAGACAACAAAUACAGACUACUCCCUGAGAGAAUUCCAAGUGAAACACUUUCCCCAAAACCAUUAAUACAAGAAAAUGAAAAGAAUAAAAAUAUCCAGAAAACAUACAAAGCUGUACCCCAAAAGCCCAAAGUAGCAUGGGCAAAGGAGCAGAUGAAGCGACAUAAAGACCGAAUGAUUCGAGCGAGAGAACUCACAGAACAGAAGAAUGAUGAAAAGAAGACGCAAAAAUGCCCCAGCCAUGGCCGUCCUCUCUUCAAAUCACGAGUGAAGAAGGAGGGAAAGAAAGAGUUUGAAAAGGUCACCGCUUAUCCUAUCUUCCAGCCUUCCCAGGAAAAACUUAUCGAGGUGACUAUUCUGAUGGAAAAGUCGAAAGUGGAUAAAGUGCAAAAACCACUCCAAAGAGAGCUCUUGAGUAUGCCACCAUUUCUGAAAAGUCAACUAGAAAAGAAAAAAAAGCUUCAAUUAUUUCCUUGAUUAUCGUAUUUCUUUCUUAGAAUAUUUUAUAGUAAUUAGUACAAUGAAAUCAUGGAAAACAGACAUCUAAGGGGAAAAGGGCAGCUCUAGACAUACAUACUGGAAAAGCACGGUAUUGAGGCCACAGGUUGUUCAGUUCCAUUCUUAUGGUACUCACGGGUCAGGGCUAAGGAGUAAGAACAUUACAUGAGGACAGAAUGGCAGCUAAUGGCAUAGGAUUGGGGAGGGGUGCUCUAUAGUAUUUUUUGGUGAUGGUUGCAUGCCCCAAUGAUUUUAAGGCACUGAAUCAUGUCCUAAUUGGAUGAGUUGGAUUGUGGAUGAACUCUCAGCAAAGCUGUUCUGACGACCUGAGUUCAGAUCCCCAGAACUCAUGUAAAAACCAGACAUGGGUGCACAUGUCUAAUCCCAGUACUCUUAUAGCAAGAUAGAAGGUGGAAACCAAGUCCACCGAAACUCAUGGACAGUAAGUAGUGCACAGUACAGCAGCAAACAAAAGAAACCCUGACUUAAACAAGGUGGCCGGAGAGGACAGGGACCCAAGGUUACCCUCUAACCACCAGAUGUGUACUGUGGUACACACGUGCCCUUAACACACACAUGCCUCAUAUACACACAUACAUAAGAAUAAAUAAAAUCUUGAAGGCAGAGAUAAUCACUAGGAAUUGGCAAGAGGUUUGAACAGACAAAACAAUGGAUACUUCAUAGAUGUCUGGGCAGAGCCUGAGCAAGAUGGACAAAAAGACUACAAGGAAAGUAGUGACUGGUUAAGGAUGGGGGAAGGGGAGGAGUUUACAGAAUGAACUUGCCUGUGAAAUGUGGUAAAAAUAUUGGUACAAAGAUUUUAAGAUUUGAGAAAUUGUUUUAUUACAUGUUUUUAAAUGGCCAAUAAUCACUUAACAUAGCUCUAGCCUCUUUAAACACAAAAUUCUGAGACUCUUCCCUUAUAGUAUAAAUGCAUUAUGGUAUAACGCAAAGGAGUAGAAGAGUGGGAGGGAGCCAGGGAGAGAGAAACUCUGAGAAUGUAGAUUUCAGGGGUAAAAAUUCACAUCAAAUACAGCAUUAUCCAUUGGAGUUAAUUUGGAAAGCAACUGGUAAAAGUGGCAUAAAAAGAAAGACUCAGAAGAUUGGUGGGAAAGGGGCUACUCCACCAGGGUUUUGAAACAGAUUUCCAAAUGAUUUGUAUUAAAUUCUUAUGUAUUACUGUGUGUGUAUAUCAUGGGAAGGGGGCAUGUCACAGAGCGUACAUGUGGAGGUCAGAGUUGUAGAGCUGAUUCUCUCCUUCCUUUACAUGGGUAUGAAACAUUCAUUCCCUGAACCAUCUCA